CCGGGUAAAUUACUGGAUAGUCCAUCGUAUUCACAUGACAACAGCGCUUCUUGUGCAGCUAGCACAGAACUGGCUACUGGUCUAGUAGUUUUGCGGUAGGGAUGCUUAAUUCUUAAGUUUCCAUUUUCUCUAACAAUCGAAAUGACACAAGCGGAGAGAGAACAAGAAAAUGGAAAAGAGAAAGAAAAGGAACGUGAAAAGGAGAAAGAGAAGGAGCAGCGUGGCGUAAAAAGGCCGAUAGUUCCACCCGUCAUCCCGGAGCCUCUUCAAGAGCAAAUCCAGAGUAAUUUCGUCGUCGUGAUACAUCCUGGUUCGAAAACACUGAGGAUUGGACGAGCCACGGAUACCCUUCCCGCAACCAUUCCUCAUGUUAUUGCGCGAAGGCAAAAGCAAAGUGGACUGCCCCGGUACGAGGACCCUUGGCUCAUGAGAGAAGGCCUUAACAGGCCAGAAAGUAAUGAGCAGAGGCAGAAUGGUCUUAAAAUGGUUGACCAGGCCAUUUGGUCAAAGAAAAUGUCCAAUGGAGUGAGAAGAACUCCAGUCUCUGCUGAGCAAGCAAGGUCAUACAACAGACAAAUACGACCAGCAGUCCUGGACACCAGCCCUCGAGUGAAGUGGACCAACACAACUCAACACCCUGAGUUUCUGGUGGGGGAAGAGGCGCUGUACGUGAACCCUGCAGACUGCUACAGUGUUCACUGGCCCAUCUGCCGGGGCCAACUGAACAUUCACAGCGGCCCUGCUGGCUCUCUCACAGCUGUGCUGGCUGACUUGGAGGCCAUAUGGUCCCACGCUAUACAGAAGUUUCUGGAAAUCCCUCUGAAAGAUCUAAAGUAUUACAGAUGCAUCCUGUUGAUCCCUGACAUCUACAACAGACAGCAUGUAAAGGAACUGGUGAACAUGCUUCUUGUGAACAUGGGCUUUUCAGCCAUUGUGGUUCACCAGGAGUCAGUGUGUGCCACAUUCGGCAGCGGGCUGAGCAGCGCCUGUGUGGUGGACGUGGGGGAUCAGAAGACCAGCCUGUGCUGUGUUGAAGAUGGCGUGUCCCAUAGGAACUCCAGGCUGUGUCUGGCAUACGGAGGCUCUGAUGUGACCCGAUGCUUCUUCUGGUUGCUGCAGAGAGCUGGUUUUCCCUACAGGGAUUGCCAGCUGUCAAACAGAAUGGACUGCAUCCUGUUACAGCAGCUAAAGGAGACCUUCUGUCACCUGGACCAGGACAUCUCGGGCCUUCAGGAGCAUGAAUUUAGAACACGGUUCCCGGACUCUCCAGCUUUGCUGUACCAGCUUCGACUUGGUGAUGAAAAACUACAGGCUCCGAUGGCGUUGUUCUACCCCGCCACCUUUGGGAUUGUGGGGCAGAAGAUGACUGCCCUGCAGCAUCGCUCCCAGGGUGACCCCGAGGAUCCUCAUGAUGAGCACUACCUGCUGGGAACCCAGAGCAAGCAGGACCAGUCCUCCAAGGCAACAGCAGAGCGCAAGGCUUUAGCCAAGCCCUCUGGCUUUGACGGGGAGUCCUGCAGCCAGGGCACCGACCCCUCGGAACGAGGCCACGCCCAGGACAUGGAGCUGGGACAGGCCCAGGGCGACUGCCUGCUGGGAGGGGCUGACAUGGAGGAACCCCCCUCGGCUCUUCUGUCCCGAAAGACUGCCGUGACACAGUUUGAGGGCAAAGCCCUGGGCCUGGACAAGGCCAUCCUGCACAGCAUUGACUGCUGCGCAUCGGAUGAGACCAAGCGGAAGAUGUACAGCUCCAUCCUGGUGGUGGGCGGCGGCCUGAUGUUCCACAGGGCUCAGGAGUUCCUCCAGCACCGGAUCCUCAACAAGAUGCCCCCCUCCUUCCGCAGGGUGGUGGAGAAUGUGGAGGUCAUCACGCGCCCCAAGGACCUGGACCCCCGGCUGAUCGCCUGGAAAGGGGGUGCGGUCUUGGCCUGUCUGGACACCACCCAGGAAAUGUGGAUCUACCAGCGGGAGUGGCAGCGUUUCGGCGGGCGCAUGCUGAGGGAGAGGGCGGCGUUCGUCUGGUAAUCCAUUGAGCUGACUGUACCGGAACUCGCACCCAGUCCAUUUUUAUACCAUGUACAUUUGCUGUAUAUCAGAAUGGAACUGUAUUUUAUUCAUUACCUGUCUAGUUUAUUUUUCAAAGUCCAUUCCGAGCGACGUUAUAUUGUACAGGAAUUUGUGUAUAUACCAGCUUUUGAAUUUUUUUCUCUUGAAAAUUAAAGCUUUUCUUGUUGUAUUA